AAGGUAAAUCUAAUAUUAAAUAGGCUUACACCUCGGUCAGGUAGGGCUUAAUGCUGUGUUCCUCGCAUGACUGACAAGGUGGCCUCUGAAGCUUUAUUAUAACUGAAGUGCUGAACAGGUCCGGUCUAAUGGUCUAUCUAUAGAUCUUACAUUUUGUCACCAGGAUAUUUUAAAAAUGGUCAAGAAAGUGUUAAUCAUUUUAACAAGCGCCGACAAGAUUCCCGCCACUGGGAAACCCACAGGCUGGUACCUUCCAGAAUUGGCUCACCCUUACAAAGUGUUGGUAGAUGCAGGCUUCACAGACAUCGACGCCAUUAGCCCUAAAGGUGGAAAGGCGCCUCUUGACCAGUCCAGCAUUGACGCAUUUAAGGAUGAUAGUGCUUGUCAAUGGUUUCUGAAAGACCCCAAAGCACAGUCUCUGGUGAAUAAUACGAAAACCCCAUCGCAGGUCAAGGCCAGUGACUAUGCAGCUGUGCUCUACCCUGGUGGUCAUGGGCCCAUGUUUGAUCUGGCAACUGAUCAAGCUAUUGGCAAAAUCAGUGCACAAAUUUAUGACAAUGGAGGAAUUGUUGCUGCUGUAUGUCAUGGCCCAGCAGGACUAGUUCCUGUUACCCUGGCAAAUGGCACAUCCAUCGUCAAAGGGAAAAAGGUUACUUGCUUUACAAACAGUGAAGAGGAUGCUGUGGACCUGUCUAAGUACAUGCCUUUUAUGCUGGAAACUAGAUUGGUCGAAUUGGGAGCAACUUUCAGUAAGGCAGACAACUGGAAGGAGAAUGUUGUGGUGGAUGGAAAACUUAUAACUGGACAGAAUCCUGCAUCUUCAGCAUCUCUUGGUAAAGCCCUAGUCUCACUGCUUCAGUAACUUGCUGGUACUAUAUAUUAUUUGUUUCACUCUUUUCUAUAUGUGUUUUAAUAUUUGAAUGGCUUCUAUAUUUUUUUUUUUACAUUUUGAAUAAAUGUGUUUAUACAUCAAAAUUGUGAAAUAAUGCUGAUGUAUUUUAAUUUUUAUACAUCAAAAUUGUGAAAUAAUACUGAUGUAUUUUAAUUUAGUGACAUAUACAUGCCUAUUGAUAAUUAAAGUUAUUUAGAUACAA